GCUGGCUGUCUCCACAGUCCUUCCGAUGGCGGGUCGCCUGCCCGUAAAGGCCUCACGCUGCUCUGCCGCCGACUCUGUCGCGCUGUGACCUGUGUCGAAUCGUAGGAAGGACGCGGGGGACCCAGGAAACUUAGCGAUGGACUCAGUGGACAUUGAAGAUGUGGCUGUGAACUUCACCAUGGAGGAGUGGGCUUUACUGGAUCCUUCACAGAAGAAACUCUACAUAGAUGUGAUGUGGGACACCUUCUGGAACCUGGCCUCUAUAGGAAAAAUAUGGGAAGAUCAUGAUGUUGAUGAUCAGUAUAAAGACCAGGGGAGACAACUAAGUAGUCAUAUGGUAGGGGGACUCGGUGAAAGUGAAGAAGGUAGUCAAUGUGGAGAAAACUUCAGCCUUAUUCCAAAUCUCAAUCUGAACAAUGAAACUACUGGAGCUAAACUAUGCAACUGCAGUGCAUGUGGACAAGUCCUCAUGCAUCAUUCAUCCCUUAAUAGGCACGUUGUAAGUCACAGGGAACGUAAACCGUAUGACUAUCAAAAAUAUGGAGAGAAGCCAUAUAAAUGUAAGGAAUGUGGGAAAGCCUUUACGUUUCCCAGUUUUCUUCGAAUACAUGAAAGAACUCAUACUGGAGAGAAACCAUAUGAAUGUAAAAACUGCAGUAAAGCAUUCACUUUUUACAGUUCUCUUCGAGUACAUGAAAGAAGUCACACUGGAGAGAAACCUUAUGAAUGUAAAACAUGCAGUAAAGCAUUCAAUUCUUCCAGUUUUCUUCGAAUACAUGAAAGAAAUCACACUGGAGAGAAACCCUAUGAGUGUAAAAACUGCAGUAAAGCAUUCACUUCUUCCAGUUCUCUUCGAAAACAUGAAAGAAUUCAUACUGGAGAGAAACCCUAUGAAUGUAAGGAAUGUGGGAAAGCCUUUGUAGCUCCCUAUAAGCUUCGAUUACACAUGAUCUUUCACACGGGAGAUGGACCUUAUAAAUGUAAGGAAUGUGGACAAGCAUUCAUUUCUCUCAGAUCACUUGAAAGACAUGAAAGAAGUCACACUGGAGAGAAACCAUAUGAAUGUAAAGAAUGCAGUAAGGCAUUCAGUCGUACCAGUGGUCUUCGAAUACAUGAAAGAACUCAUACUGGAGAGAAACCCUAUAAAUGUAAAAACUGCAGUAAAGCAUUCACUUCUUCCAGUACUCUUCAAGUACAUGAAAGAAUUCAUACUGGAGAGAAACCCUAUCAAUGUAAGGUGUGUGGGAAAGCCUUUGUAGCUCCCUAUAGCCUUCGAUCACACAUGAUCUUUCACACUGGAGAUGGACCUUAUAAAUGUAAGGAAUGUGAGCAAGCAUUCAUUUCUCGCAGUGCAUUUCAAAGACAUGAAAGGAGUCACACUGGAGAGAAACCCUAUGUAUGUAAAGAAUGCAGUAAAGCAUUCAGUCGUACCAGUUUUCUUCGGAAACAUGAAAGAACUCAUACGGGAGAGAAACCCUAUGCAUGUAAAAACUGCAGUAAAGCAUUCACUUCUUCCAGUUCUCUUCGAGUACAUGAAAGGAUUCAUAUGGGAGAGAAACCCUAUCAAUGUAAGGAAUGUGGGAAAGCUUUUAUAGCUCCCUCAAGCCUUCGAUCUCACAUGAUCUCUCACACUGGAGAUGGACCUUAUAAAUGUAAGGAAUGUGAGAAAGCAUUCAUCUCUCCCAGUUCACUUAAAAGACAUGAAAUAACUCACACUAGACACAAACCCUAUGAAUGUAAAGAAUUUGGGCAGGCCUUCAGUUGUCAUCAAAGUUUCCAGAUACAUCAAUGAAAUCACACUGGAGGGAACAUGUAGCAAUGUAAAAAUUGUGGUAAAGUGUUUAGUUUUCUCAGUUCUCUUUGAAGACAUAAAAGAACUUAUACUGAAGAGAAAUCCUAUGAAUGUCAGGAAAGUGGGAAAGCCUUUACUUCUUAUGCAAACUUUCAACAAUAUGCAACAAUGCACACUAGAGGAAAAACCAUGUAAAUGUAAAGAAUGUGGGAAAGGCUUUCGCAUCUGAGUUCUUUUUGAAGGCAUGAAAGGACUCAUUCGAUAAAAACCUCUUGAAAGUAAACAGCAUGGGAAAGACUUCAAUAGGCCUACAUCCUUCUAUAUGAAACUCCCACCAAAAAGAAAUAUAAAUGUAAGUAACAAGAGAAAGGUUGAUGGAAAUUAACUUGUGUGUAAUGUUCUAGAAAACUUUCAACAUGGAAGAUUUGUUAUAAAAGUUGUAAAUAUAUUGUUUACUAAGCCUCUUUCUUAGAGUGCAACAUUGGAUUGUGGAUUUCUGUUCGUUAUUUUCAGAAAUGAAUACUGAAGUGAGAUAAUUCUGCAAGUCAUCCUUUAUCAAUGGUACAGAAGCAUACUAGAUAGUUCUUUUUCCUUAAAUCAGUUAAUAAUAUUUUCUCUUUAAUAUUUUGUAGUGUUUUAAUUGUUCUGUGUUAAGGGGCCAUUGGAAAAUGAGAGUUUGUAUUUGUUGGGAUUUUCUUAUUGGCCUUGUAGUGCAGUCCUGGAUAUGCCUAUGUGUUGUAUAUAUUGUUCCUUUCUUAUAGAAAGCUCCUUUUUUGGGGGUGGUUAGUGUAGGAGCCUGCUUUUAUUUUCCACACUAUUAAAGGGUCGGAAUAAAUUUUUAUGUAUGACAACUUUAUCAAAGAGUAUACUUUCCAGUGAAUUGUUAUUUUCAUAUUUUGGCCUUUUCUCUUUGUCUUUCCUUCUGACUAGUAUUUGGUGAAUAGACCUUGAAUUAAGUAGAGGCCUGUGAUAGGGCAGCAAAAUCUAGAGCUGGACGUAUCACCCCUGUAUUGUGUUAUGUAAGUGAGGGUAACAUGAAAAACCAGAUCUUCAAGAAUCCAUCCCCUUUAUGGUCCCAUGUUGGAAUUCACCAGUAGCCUCACUUGUAUGAGAUUUGGAAGGGAGAAGCAAACAAGGCAUUCGGCAGAUUUUGGAGCCACCAUACUGGGAGACAGACAGUUACAUAGGCGCUUCAAAGAAACCACCUUCCAUCCCGUUUUCUGGAUUCUUUGCCCUUUUAGUCAAGAGUAUCUUGAAAACCACCACCAACUGUUUGGAUUCCAUUUUCUUAGAAGUGUAUUUUCCACUAUGUUUUCACAAGUUUCACAUCCAAGAUCCAUUAGAGUUAGGAUUUUUCUGUAAGCCCUCUUGUGUCCGCCAGGAAACUAAUUCAGACUUUUGUGGUUGGGAGUAUUCUCUGAUUCCCCUCUUCUCUAGAUGAUAUCUG